UAUAAGAACAGCUGUGGACCAGCACACGCCACCUUGCUGACAGCCGCUGACUGCGACACAGAGGCCGUAAGAUGGUGUUGAAGAUUGUGGUGGUGUGUGUGGUGGUGGUCCUUGGUGUGGGAGAUGUCACUCCCGCCUUGGUUAACCCCGUCCAGGACUCGAACCCUCAGCCUCGAGAGUGGCCCUGCCCGGACGAGACGGACUUUCUGCCUUGUACCUGCACCUCGAACCAGAACACUGAUCUCAAAAUUGACUGUUCAGCUGUAACGAGUAAUAUAGAGUUGACAAGAGCGUUUAGCGUAAUAUUUCCUUUCACGGAUUUUGUGGAGCUGAGAAUUGUACAGGAUCCGUAUGAUCCUGAUUACAAUCUGAACGCAUUAGAUCCAUUUGUGUUCGCUGGCCUGUCGUUUGAAGCAGUCAUCAUCCAAGGGACGAAGCUGUCAGAAGUGCAAGACAGUGUCUUUGAAGACUCGCAACAUUUUCUUACGUACCUAAACCUUGCAAAAAAUGAAUUAUACUCAUUUCCAUUCGACACGCUUGAACUGUACACAAAACUCUCUAGUUUGGUCCUGGACGACAACAACCUCCCUGAACUCCCAGACCUCUUUUCUCCAACACUGCUGUCUCUCAGCAUCAACGGGAAUGUAAAUCUGUAUUUCUCAUCUGACGUCUUCAAGAACGCUCCACGGCUACAGACCAUAAGCUUGGCGCGCAAUAACUUGGACACCCUCCCACCACACGUCUUUCAUCCCCUAGAUAACAUCACCAUCAUCAACCUGGAGGGAAAUGGUCUGACCUUCCUGGAGGAGGCGACCUUCGACUCACCAAGGGACACAGUUACACAGAUCAUUUUGGACAAUAAUAUGAUCGACUCAAUUGACAACACCUCCGUGCAAGGUUUGACCCCAGACGCCCUCGUUUCCCUAGUUGGGAAUGAUGUUAGCGAGCUCAAUGAGACCAACUGGAGAGUUCUCUUCGACCAGGUGCCCUCGGGAACCAUCGACCUGUCAGAAAACCCUCUGGUGUGCGGGUGCGACAUGGACUGGCUGUUCCUGGCCCCGUACGACACGUACCGAGGCGUCCUCACCAACACCACCACCUGCACAGAUGGCAGUCAGGUGCGCUACCUCGAUGAGAGCUUCUUCAUCACCGAGUGCGCGUCAGAUUCUUCAGAUUAUUUGUUCUACGACUGAAUGCGUUCCUGAAGGUCCGAGCACCAGUUCGAACGGAUUGAACACAAAACGAGUUAUUUAAUUUCUAGGUUUCUCCUUAAUGUUCGGAAAUUAGGAUAAACACUGGUUUUCAUAUGUAUAUAAAAGACCAUUUUAUUGUUUAUAACAAUUUCAUGUUCUAACAUGUUUGGGUUAGCUUUAGGGCUUAAUUACUGAUGUAUAAUAUGCACUAUGUUACAUACAAUAAUUGUCCACACACACACAUUUAUCUAUAUAUAUAUAUAAAAUAUUAUAUACAUUUAAUAUAUAUAUUUAUAAUAUAUAUAAUAUUAUAUAUAUAUUUAUAAUAUUCAGUAAAAUACAAUGUAUAAUGUAUAAUAAUUUAAAUGUAUAAUAUGCAACAGCAUCCAAUAUACUUGUAAAAAUACACACACCGUUCAAUA